AUGUGGUCCGUAGCGCUUAUCAUCGGAGUCGCCGUCGCGGCCGCAGUGGUUUUGCUUGUCACCGGGGUUUUCCUCGCCGUCAGCCUCGAGCGGCGGCGACACCGACAUAUCAUGCAGACCCACGGUCUAUCGAGCAGGCUCAGCAGUUACCAUCGAGCCAAGCUCAGUGCGAGCGAAAACAACUAUUCUCACGUCACGGCGCCGAGGACCACUCUGAGACGAAGCGUGCAGCUCCCUUACGGUGUUGUUUCCAUUGGAUGCUUGGAGUCUGGAUCUGGAUCUCUAGCUGAGGAAGAGACAGAGACAGCGGUCGAUCAGGCCACACAACUCUUGCGUGACAACCACCACCAUGAAUUGCUGCGUCCAAAGGAGAGGCGAAGCAUCCGACGCUCAUUCAACGGGCAUCAUCUCCAUAUCCCCAAGACACGUCGACACAAAGAAGUGCGAAAAGCAAUGUCAGUCAAUCAGAUGCAGAGGUCUCCCCUCUCGGCCAUCACCGAGUUCACCGAUUCGCCUCCGUCCAAGUCGCCUGGUGUCGAUGUCGCCGAAUCCUCUUCCGACGCGAGACAGGCUGCGCCCGGUUUGGAUUCUGGGUUGAAAGAGGAGCGCCAGAUGUCAGUGCAAUGGCCCCUGAUUGUGUCCAAGACACGACCGUUGGACGCCACGCCCACGGCAGUCAUGUCCAUGGCUGCUCGGGCAAGUAUGCUCAUGCGUAUGGGAGGAGGAAUGGCCCAUCCAUCGCAAUCCAAAUCCAAUCUUGGUCCAACUACAACGACGGUCCCUCAUUCUGUCAGCAUGACCAGUACAAUCUCGUCAGCCCCAGACGACCCCCUCCUGCCGCUGCCGAUGAUAGACGGGUACAAAAGUUAUAGGGCGCAUGGUCUGAAUUCAAGGGCGUCAAGUACCAGCUUGGAGACUGUUGGUUCCUCGGUGUUAGGGGCCAAUGUGGGCUUAGGCCCCGGCUCCCUUUCGAACCGGGGAACAGAAGUUCUCAUGCCCGGCUCAGAGGCAGGCGCGAAGUGCUAUGGACUUGACGCUUAUCUGAAUCGAAAACCAUCGACACCUCGACUUCAAGUACCAUCGGUGAAACAGACCAUCCAUGGCCUCUGCACUAGCAAGCCUAGCAUUCAUUCCCUCCACCCGAGCUUCGACAUGAACGGAUCGAGUCCAGACCCUCUCGGAGAUGCUUUCAAUCAUCAUCAAUUGCCUGGGAUGGUCGGCCGCAAUCAUCAUCAAUUGUCCGGGAUGGUCGGUCGCGAAGAGUCUUUCAAGACGAUCGACGCAAGUCUUUGGGACAUCCUGGCUCCAUUGCGAAUCCACAAGACCCGUUCAGGAGACACAGGGACCAAACCGGCGAGACAUUCAAUGUUCGAAUCGUCGAAAGCUCCGCAAUGGCGGGCGGUCAGCGACUUUGUGACGACCAAGCCAUCCGACACAUGUACGGGGCCUCUCUCUCCCGGUGACACUAUCAAGAGGCCAGCUUCGGUGGCGACAGGGAACCCUCUGCGAUGGGACCGACAGGCGAGCUUUGCAGCGGCCAGACACUCGUGGUGCUCGUUGGAUGAGCCACGGCGAGGCCAUCGGCGCCAGAACUGUGUGCGAAUCACCAAUCUUCCCGCCAUCGAACCAAGGCCAAAGCUGAUUCGGCAGAUGCCUGAACUUGAAGAAGAGCAGCAGAGUGGAGAUGUGAUUGAUGUUGAUGAGUAUGGCCAUGACCAUGGCCCUGGCGAGAUACCACAUACCGGGGACUGGCUCAAGCAGCAACAUCAACAGCAGCAACCGAAACUACAUGCCGCCAUACCAAAAGAGCAGACAACAAUACCGAGAGAACAGACAACAGCAAUGGCCCCAGAGUCGGCCGCCGUGACCCCAUCCCCUUUCAGAAACCGGCCGAUUCUGACACCGUCCUCUCGGCCACUACCACACCAGUACAUGCAGACCUCUAGCAGCGUGUCCUCAGGCAUACCGAGAGCGGAUUCCGACAUUUUUAGCCCGGCACACAUGGAACCAGGCCCGUCAAUGGUCUAUAAGACUUCACCACGGCAAUGGGCCUUUUCCUUUUCGCCCAACCCGAACCUGAGAGACAACGUCAGAGUCAAUGGGAGUUCGCCCAACCCGAGAGACAACAUCAUAGUCAUUGGGAGUUCACCCAGCCCGAGAGACAACAUCAGAGUCAAUGGUAGUCGUAGUCCACCAUCUAUACUCGCAUCUGAGGCCCAGACCCAGCCAUUCGAUUCGCCAACUCUCCCUUCCCCAGCGCUGAACUCUUCCUCGUUAUAUCCUCGGAGAUCUCUGGUCAAAGGACCCCGUAACCCGCGUGGUUCAGGUUCAGGUUCAUGCAAAGGGCUCCGGAACCCGCGUGGCUCAGGGUCAGGGUCAGGCUUAGGUUCAGGUUCAGGUCUACGCCUAGGCUCAGGUUCAGGCUUACACUUAGGCUCAGGGUCGUCUCCGAGCCCAUUGCAGAACAAACAACACAGCUACGCCCUCAGCAAGCAACGAGGCCGAUCCUCUGGCUCUGGCUCUGGCGGGGCGGCGACAAAGGAAAGGGAAAGAGAAGUAGACCUGCGAAAAUCCGUCAUGGUGUUGAGGAGUAUGAAUUCGGAAGGACUGCUCGACCAGCAGCAAAACAUCAACAUUGAGUUCUACCGCAACAUUGGUGUUGGUGUUGGUGUCGGUGGCAAUGAGCUUGUUGGUGUCGAUGUUAAUGAGCCUGUUGGUGUCGAUGACUGUACUCCUCACCCUUCGUACAAGCUCACCCUCACCCCGCCGAUGAACAAGCGUGUCAGCGGGCUACGGCACAGCGGGGCCUGCGUCUCUACAAUGAGUAUGAUGAACACGAAGACAUCGCCGACUUUUGGUAUGAACACGAAUACAUCGCCGACUCUUGGGAUGAGUAUGAACAUGAAAACAUCGUCGACUCUUGGGAACAUGAACACGAACACAUCGCCGACUCUUGAUCAAAACAAAAACCAAGACAAGGACAGAACGAUAGACAGAGAUCGAUCCAGCCCGUUGGUCCAGUCGACGUCGACGGCGACGAACGUGGCGAGGGGAACCCUGAACCUACAUCGACCCAAGGCUGGCGUUGAUGUUGAUCAUGGUGUCGGCGUCGGUGUCAAGACCAUCAACUCUCUCACCAUCCCUUCACCGCAUUUUGGUUCUACCGCCAUAUCAGCCUCGCCGUUCGCACUGUCUCCGCACUGUGGUACUACCGCCAUAUCAGCCUCCCCGUCCGCACUGUCGAUCUGGGAAGACGCCAGCGUGUGUGGCGACAGCCCUGAGCCGGAAAAGGAACUCCACAAACCGCAAAUCAAUCUCGACUGGGAAUCGGGUCUGCAUGUGACGCCGCUGGUUCUGCGGACGAAAAGCAAUCUUCGGGACGAUAAUUGGACCAGGGACCAACAGGAGCGACAUCAGGAGCAGCAACAGCAGCGACACCAACACCAACAACAGGCUCAAGCCCAGCGCCCCAUCUCUAAUCAACGCGCCGGCCUCCCAAGACAAGGCUUUCAUGAUACAGCACUGUCGCGACCAAAGACACCGAAUAAAUCGUACCCAUACCAAUACCCGUACUCAAUCUCUCCAUCGCCGCGUGUCACCAGUAUCGCGCGGUCGGGGCCCGGACCAGGCAUCUACAUGUCCAUGGAUGGCGUCGAUCUCGAUCUAGAUAACGAGAGUGACAAUGACAACGACAAUGACAGUGACGCCGAGAAUGUGAACAACUUUGUCAGCGCCGGCGCCGGUACCAACACCAGCACCAGCAUUAAGGAUUCCCCAUUGACUUUGAAUUUGACCUCGGAUACGAACACAAACACGACCGCGAAUACGCACUCGCACUCGAACUCGAACUUCAACUCCAAUUCGCGUCUUGUCCAGCGUCUCGAACGUGCCGUGAGCAACAAUCAACGGCAGAAUUGGACGAGGCUCGAGAGCGCGUGGAGUCUCAGUGCCGGGUCGCAGACGGGACAUGGACAUCAGCACAAACAGAAGCGGUUCAAUGGCACGUAG